AUCAACUUCCACAACAAAGCGCAAACAGCUGAAGGCGCCUUCACCAUUUUCAUGAGACAUAGACUUGCGGACAAUCCACGCCCAUCGCAGUCAAAGGCGUGCUAUGAGCGGCGCACUGUCGUCAACUCGUUGCUUGGCCAUGAAAGAACUGCUGUGCAUUUUGAUACUGUAAGGCCAUGAGGAACAUGUCCAGAGGUGAUGAGGCGGUAUCCCUCUCCUAUAACAAGGAAAAAACAACAUGUCGUACCUACUGCUGCAUUGAAUAUUGUCAUCCCGAUUUGCGUCUUGCAGUGUCUUCUUCGGCCGAAGCGGGUGAUUUUACCUGCCUGCCACUUGUCGCCCCCUCCGAAGAUAUUCGCAAGUCCGAUAUUUUGUGCAUGCCGCCGCUUGAAGCUAUGUGGACACUCUCUCGCUGAAGAACCUUUCUGUGGCCAAUGUCAUCAACCUACCGCACCUACCGCAGAGCUGUUUAUCACGCAGUUAGAGAUCACGGAGAUGCAGUGUCUCUGGUCCCCGAAAUGCCUUCACAUGAGGCUUUGCCACCGAGGGAAGCCAUGGCCGGUUGGAAACAUGCAAGACAUGAAGGACAGAUAUCAACAUGCGUCUGAAACGAGCACACGUUCCCAGAGCCCAGGAUUCAUGAGUCUUUUUAUUCCUUCUCUUCGCCCUCCCCAUUUUGUCUUUCAACGCCAAGAAGCUUGGAGUGGUGGUAUUUCCAAUCACGGGCGGCAUCCUUCGCGAGUUGCUCAUCUUUUUUGUUGUUCCGUUUCUCGAAAACAAGCUCUUAUUGUUUCCCCUGUUGGGCACCAUCGGUCUCCUUUUCUUCAUUCUGCCUUGUAUUCAAGGGGCUUGCUCGGAAGAAAAGCCAGGCGCGGUCAAAGCAUAAUGGACUCCCAAGGUUCUCCCCUAGCCAAUAGACGGCGUGUCGACCAAGAUGACAUUGACUUGGCCGCUGGAGUCCCCACAACCGAUGAUGGCAACGAACCAACCACCUCCAUCCUUUCGAAAAAGAAGAAGUCAGUGAGGUUCUUAAUCCCAGCAACCGAACGACCGCCCCCGCCGAAUCAAACACACGAUUCCUCGACAACUGAGGGCAAAAAGACGUUGCGCUUUCUGCUGGACAAUGGUGCUCCCCGACGCCCUAGCAAUUGGAGGAGUGUGUCUAGGUUUUUAUGAGGAGAUUGAUGGAUGACACGACGAAUUUAUAUGCGGCAGGUUUAGAGAGGCUCCUCUGGUCUUCAAUUUUCGCAAUACCAACAGCCUAAUCACUACAGGGAACAUGCCUUUUUUUUGGUCAUCAGUACUUCUAGCUAGCGAGAGUUCUCAUCUCUGGGCCUUACGCCCCCUCUUCUUAUCAACAUCGAUCACCAUCUAGCCCGA